UGAUUUUCUCAUUUUAUGCAGCUUCCUCCAGCUUUGCACCACAACUUGAAAAGAAGGAUUAUAGAGAGAUUCAAGAAAUCCCUCUUCAGCCAGCAGAGUAACCCUUGUAAUUUGAAAUCUGAAAUUAAAAAGUUAUCUCAAGGAUCUCCAGAACCAAUUGAACCCAACUUUUUCACAGCAGAUUACCACUUAUUGCAUCAUUCAUUGGGUGGAAACAGCCUGUCCUCAAAUGACCCAACAGGUCUACCCUCUAGCUUUGAUUUGGAGGAGGGGAUAACAUAUGAACAGAUGCAGACUGUGAUUGAAGAAGUCCUAGAGGAAAGUGGCUAUUACAAUUUUACUUCUAACAGAUAUCACUCAUAUCCAUGGGGGACCAAGAAUUAUCCAACCAAAAGAUGAAAGUGCUGCACUUUCAACGGACCUGGUUUUCCCAGUGAAGGUCAAGUUCUGGACUGAAACUGCUACUGGCAAGAUGCCCACAACUUGGGUGAUACUUCAAGAGUGUGGAAGAGAAAAGACCAAUAUGCCACAGUGCCUGCAGGACCUCUUUCUGGAGAUCCAGUGCUAUGAGACUCCAUCCUUGGGAUACACAGAUAUGGGAUGGCGGGGCUUCCAGUGUACUCCUGGGAGAAACUGCUGUAGAAUUCAUCUAUGAGAAGAAAACUCGCUCCUUGCAGGACUUUCCUCCAAGUUAAAAACAAAACAAAAAAUGACAUAUUUUUCAAAGAAAUACUUUUUACUUAGAAUUGCUGAAACUCUGUUUAAAGGCAUCUAGCAUUCUAUGUAUAAGAGAUAUUUUUAGAUAAAGAAAAUUAUAGAACUCAAAAAUAUUGGGUAAUUCACUGUAUCCAUCAAUUUUUUAAUCGUAAAAGAAAUUCAGAAUAUGUGAUUGAAA